UCGAAAACGAUGUUACAGGGAAAAAAAUAAGAAAAAGAAGAGAAAAAAAAAACAAUGGUUCAAGCAAAGCAUCAACAGAAGUCUAAAGCCAAGAAACAGCCCCAGAUGAAAAAGCAAGGAAAGCAGGCUGACAUUUCGGAGUUCCGGGCACAGCUCGAUGCGUUGGGCUUGAAAAUUAUUCAGGUGACUGCUGACGGAAAUUGUUUUUUCAGGGCCCUGGCAGAUCAAUUGGAAGGCAAUGAGGAGGGACAUGAAAAGUACCGCAGCAUGGUGGUGCGGUAUAUUUUGGAAAACCGUGAAAUGUUUGAGCCAUUUAUUGAGGAUGAUGUGCCUUUUGAUGAUUAUUGCCAGUCCAUGGAAAAGGAUGGCACAUGGGCAGGACACAUGGAAUUGCAAGCAGCUUCUCUUGUUACUCGUAGCAAUAUAUGCAUUCAUCGACAUAUGUCGCCUCGCUGGUAUAUACAGAAUUUUAAUGCCUCUGGAGCUCGGAUGAUCCAUUUAUCUUAUCAUGAUGGGGAACAUUACAAUAGUGUGCGGUUAAAGGAGGAUCCUUGUGAUGGACCAGCUAGGCCAAUCAUAAUCAAGGCUGAUACUGAUCUUUCGGCGGCAUCUCAUCAAGUAAAAGGUGCAUUCAGCAAGUCUAAAAGUGGAGCUGGCAGGAAUAUCAUUGAUGCAGGAUCCAUCAAAUUGGUCAUGGUUGGAAGCGGUUGUGAAAAUGCGGAAAAAGUUGAACAGGUUUUGGUAGAACUAAGCGGUGAUGUUGAUGCAGCAAUAGAAUAUCUGAUAGCUGAACGGGAAACAGAAGAGGACUUGGUUGAGAAUGAUAAACUUCUUUGUCAGACAGAUACUUCUUAUGGUGAAAAUGACGAUCGAAAGGUUGAGCAAGGCAAAGAGAUACUUGAAAAUAACAGCUGCAAGCAAGAUUCAUCUAGUAAUAGUAUUGGACAAGCUCAUGAUGAUAGCAGUUGUAGACGUGAUGAAAAGAAGAUCCCAAGAAACCAGGUUUGUCCAUGUGGCUCAAAAAAGAAAUGCAAGACUUGUUGUGGAUCAGUUGCUGGGAGACCCUCUACUAAGUUUUUAGUUAACCAGACAGUUGACUCUAGUAAGGGUAGAAAGGAAAGGAAGCAAGGGAAGAAAGGUAGAUCUGCUAAAUUUGUUCCCUCCGCUAGAUCUAGUGAAGGGCCACCCGACGUGGGUGCGCUUUCUAUUUGAUCAGGACACGAAGGUCUUCAUUCUGCUGUCACCAAAAGAGAAACAGAUACUGGACCAAAUCAAAGGUCUCCUAAAUGCUGGCGCGGGUGCUCUUGCAAAUGUGUUUAUACCAAAAGGCGAAGGAGGAUAUCUGCUGUCCACUGCAGAGAACUUCAACCAUAGUAGAAAUCAGUCCCAGAUUAUGGCUAAUGCUUUGCCGUCCAAAUUUAAUUUUAUUUCUGAAAGCAAUGAUGUCACAUGGACCUGGUUGGUAGACAACGUUUGUGCAUUAGAAGUUUAAACAAAAUGAAAUGACGGAAAUAACAAGAAGAAAAGCAAUGAAAGUGUAAUGUAUUUUUAUUUGAGAUUCUGUUGGGACUGUCUUCUUUUAUAUACGUUCAUAGCCUGUAAGAGACAAUUUUUGGCUAAAAUGUAUUAGAAUGUUGGUUCAGGA